AUGAAGUUCUGCCGCAACGUGCUGCUGCUCGCCCUUCUGCUGGCGCCCUUGGCCCUGCUCAGCCAUGCUCAGGAUGUCGAGGAGGAUGAGGACAUUGAGGACACCAUCGUCCUUGAUGAUCUUGAGGUUGAGGAAGAGGAGAUCUCCCUCACCAACCUUGUGACCACAACCACCAUUUUCCCCUCCCAUGUCGAUAAAGUCUUUCCUGCCGGUUCCAUCGUGUCUGCCGUCGUCGGUGUUCGCAACGCCGCCAGCGAGCCCAUCAUUGUCAACGCCAUGGCUGCCUCGAUCCGUCCCCUCGAGGACAUGACCCAGUCCUUCCAGAACCUCUCUCUGAUCUUCUUGGCCGACCGCAUUGAGCCGGGAGAGGAGGCUAGCUUCAACUACAAGUUCCGCCCUUCGGAGCGCUUCGAGCCCGCCACCUUUGCUCUUGUCCUUGAUGUUGGCUUUACUGAUGCCCAGGACCGCCAGUUUGUCGUCCAGGCCCACAACACCUCAGUCACCAUUACCGAGGCUGAGGACGAUGGUGACCUGACCGGUCUCCUUCCAUUUGUUAGCAUGGCGGCCCUGGCUGCCUUUGCCUACGUCUACCUCCAGAAGCCUGAACUCCUGCAGACCGCUGCGGCCCCUGCUGCCAAGCCCGAGAAGAUUGAGCGUGGUACUCGCGCCUCGGCCUCGGGCAACGAGUGGCUCAACAGCGCCAACCUGCCCCAGUCUGCCCGCAAGUAA